AUGGAGGGCGGUGAGGCGGGCGGCGGCGGGGGGCUCCUGCAGCAGAUCCUCAGCCUCCGCCUGGUGCCCCGCGUGGGCAACGGCACCACCACCUACUCCAGCCCGCUGUCCACCUUCCCAGAGAUGUGGUAUGGCGUCUUCCUGUGGGCCCUCGUCUCCUCCCUCUCCUUCCACGUCCCGGCCGCUUUGCUAGCGCUCUUCACGCUCAGGCAUCACAAGUACGGCAGGUUCAUGUCCAUGAGCCUCCUGCUGAUGGGCAUCGUGGGACCCAUUACCGCCGGCAUCCUAACAAGUGCUGCCAUUGCUGGAGUUUACAGAGCUGCGGGGAAAAAAAUGAUUCCCUUUGAAGCCCUCAUUUUAGGAGUGGGACAGACGUUCUGCGUGGUGGUGGUUUCAUUUCUACGGAUUUUAGCUACUCUCUAGCUCUUCCUCAGAGGCUAAAGAUCACAAAUCAAAGGAAGAGCAAAGGAUCUGCCGCCUGUGCCGUCUCUGAAACAAAUCACGAGGGAGCGCAACUUGCGGUGUGCCUCGGCGUGUGCUUUUGCCACUGGUUAAAGGAUACGUGAAGGCCUGCUCCUGCCUCCAGCCUGACUUGAAAUUAAGCUAAAAAUUUUGAAGUUUGUUACUUUUUGGUAACAUUAAGUGCCAAGUGAAACUUUAUUUCUCUGGAGGAUAGAAAAAAGGGCUUCUGGAGGAGGAGAAGGCCCACAUACCUUUUACCAGUGAUGAACUGUAGCAACAGGACAUACCUAAGACGUGACGCGGGCUGUUCUGGGGUAAAAACAGUACUACAGAGUGAUGUGAUGCCUUCGGAGCUCACGUGAUGCUUUGACCUCUUGCUGCUUUGUUUGCAGUGAACCCGGAGCUCUUUUAAUGUGAAUUUUUUAAAUGAGAAACUUAAUUUGUUUUCUUUCUGGCCCCAACUUUCGAAUACCAGGUCUUGGUCAUAGUGAAUUUGGGAACAGCAAAAGGAAAAAUCAUUUUAGAGGGAUGAAAGUGCAAAUUUGUGGCCGAGAGCUGUGAGCUAUGACUGUGAAUGCUGCGGCUGGGGAGACAAGCGGUGUAAAAAGGAUUGCUGUUUUUGUGAAUGUUAUUACAGUGGAGCUCUUCAGGCACUGUGUACCUUUUGCCCAAGAGGUGAAGCACAGCUGAACGGGCCCUGGGCCCUACGCCUUGCUGCCCGUGCUAGAAAUCCGAGGGCACCUGUGUGAGCGUGCACUGUUGCUUCUCAGGCUCUGAAGGAGACUUGUAUUUUUAAACUUCUCCGUUCUCCUUUUACUUGCUGAUCAUGUUUACAUUGGCGUGGCGGAAUUGUGUGUCUUCACUGAUAUGUAAACAUAGCUGGCCAGCUUAUAUAAAAUUCAACAUGCUGCUGCUUUGGUGACUGCGCUGGUGAGAACUGCACGGCCGGGUGCUGGGUUGUCGUGACUUGGGGCUUCCCAGGUGCAGAGGUGGGGAGUGUGCUGUGUUUUUGGUAUCCAGCCCGCAGCGUGCCGGUGGGUGGGAUGCCUGAGAGAGUCCUGGGAAGAGCCUGGGUGAUUCCCGUGUCCAUCAGGGACAAGCCCUGUGAACACAGCCCCAAACCAACCCUUACCAGCAGGCAGUAAGGUCUCUCCUAAUGAAUUGUUUUAGUUUGUUUUGUUUUAAGUGACUUUUAACUAACUCUUAGAUCUGCCCUCUUGCCUGGAGGCAUGCCAUGCGGCCGGGGCUCUCUGGUAGCUCCUUGGGCACUGUCUGGGGGCUUGUUUUUUUGGGGCCCUUGGGGGAGCUGGGGUUGAAUCCCAAGGAUGUGGCAGGGUGGCUUUGCUGUGGUCCUUGUUUGUUUAUCACCAGCUGACAGUCGUGCGGGCUGCCGAGGGAAGGCGCUGUCCGUGUCUGUGU